AUAAAAAAUUGAGGCCAUCUCAAAAAAUUCUUUAGAAGUGGUGCUUUUGAUGCUAAAAAAUCAUUAAAUCGAUCAUCUAAGAUUUAUGGAUGGGAGAAAAAAGAAAAGAAAAGAAAAGAUUGUAUUAAAAAUAGUACGUGUUUUAAUGCAUUUUGAAUGAGAAUGGAAUAAUGAAGUUCCCCCUUCCCAAAUCUCACACGUGUUUCUAAAAGCAUAGAAACGCUCGCGUGCUUUCUCCCAAUCAACUUCGUGUAUUCGACCUUUUGAAUAAAAACUAUCCUUGUUUUUUUUAGUCCACUGAAUGAUCAGAUCACCUUCAAGUCUUCUACCUUUUGAAUAAAAACCAUUUAUCCAAUCCAAAAUCCUGCGAAUUUUGGACAUGAUUGGAGAAGUCCAAAUACAAGCAACAACUCCAUUAUUCUGAUGAAAAGGGCCACAUUUCAAUAGUUAAUGUACCUUCUGAACAAGUGGAUGUUCCUUCCUACUCAAUUUCCCAGGCUACAUACACUGGCCCCCAAUUUGAACAAGCACCACUUCUCUAGGUUAGCAAUUCAUGGUUGGCCUCAUUUUGGAAUUGGGUUUGGUGCCAAUUUCCAACCAAGAACCAAUGUCCAUGGCCCCAAUUGCCAUUUUGAUCAAGUUUCUCUCAAUGCCACAAUUACCAAGUGCAUGCGUGAAGGAUUGGUUGAUUAUGCUCGCCAACUCUUUGAUACAAUGCCUCAAAGAAAUGUGGUGACAUGGAAUUCAAUGAUCAGAGGGUAUUCGCUGCAAGGCAAUUUGGAGGAAGCUCUAAGACUCUUUUACAAGAUGCCGGAGCGUGAUCUCAUAUCUUGGAACACCAUGAUUACGGGGUGCAUGUCUAAUGGGGAGACUCAAAAUGCGAGGCUAUUGUUCAUCGAGAUGCCCCAACGUGAUCUAGUUUCCUGGAAUGCAAUGUUAACGGGAUAUGUCCACAAUGCCAUGAUGGAAGAAGCAUAUCAUUUGUUUCAAGUAAUGCGUGAGAGGAAUGUGAUUUCGUGGAACAUUGUCAUGUCUGGCCUGGUCCACCAUAAUGCAAUUCAUAAGGCAAAAGAACUCUUUGAAGCUAUGCCUGUGAAAGAUGCGGCUUCUUGGACGAUAAUGGUGUCCGCACAUGCACAAGAAGGGAAUUUAGAUAAAGCUCGCGAGUUUUUUAAUCGAAUGCCAGCGCGAGAUAUCCGUUCAUGGAAUGCCAUGGUAGUUGGUUAUUUAGAGAAUGGGAUGGUUGAUAUUGCAGAGGAGCUCUUCAUGGAAAUGCCUCAAAAGGAUAUUGGGUCAUGGGGUGCAAUGAUCAAUGGUUAUGUGAAUUGUGGCCGGCUGCAUGAUGCGAUCCGACUAUUUUUGAGCAUGCCCAAGAGACAUGUUCUUGUAUGGAAUAGCCUUCUUUUGGGCCUAAUCCAAAGUGGUUUGGCAGAAGAAGCUCAUGCUUUAUUUAUUAAAAUACCAUGUAAAAAUGUUGUAUCAUGGACCAUUGUAAUGGAUGGUUAUUUUCACCUUGGGAAUAUAAUCACUGCUCGUUCCUUGUUUGAAAUGAUGCCUUGUCAAGAUGAGACUUCGUGGAACACGGCCAUUGCAGGAUACACUCGUAACGAAUGUGGGGAAGAGGGCUUACAAUUGUUUUUUGAGAUGCGGAUACGCGGCCCAAAUCCCGACUUUGCCACCUUUACGAGUGUGUUAAACAUAUGUUCUAUCUUACCAUCUUUAGAUUGUGGGAAGCAGGUUCAUGGGUUGAGUAUUAAGUUUGGCUGGGAUAUUGUAAUUGCAGUUGGUAAUGCGAUCGUAAGUAUGUAUGCUAGAUGUGGAAGCAUAGAUCAAGCCAUGUUUACUUUUGAAUAUAUGCCAAACUAUGACAUUAUCUCAUGGAAUGCAAUCAUAUGUGCAUAUGCUCAACAUGGGUAUGGGAGAGAAGCUCUUGAACUCUUUGAUCGGAUGAGGUUGGCCAAUAUCGAGCCCAAUCCAGUAACUUUCAUGGGUGUUCUCAAUGCUUGUUGUCAUGCCGGUCUUGUUAGAGAAGGUCGCUACUAUUUUGAUCUCAUGACACACACUUGUGGUCUUGAACCAACAUCUGAGCAUUAUACUUGCAUGGUAGAUUUGCUUGGGCGAUUUGGGUUUCUUGAAGAAGCUCAUACUUUGAUUGAGAGAAUGAGAUCUCAUUUACGGCCUAGUGCUACUGUGUGGGGUGCUUUGUUAGGGGCAUGCAAACUUCAUGGGUAUAUUGAGCUUGGAGAGGUUGCGGCUUCACAAGUUUUAGCAAUGGAACCACAAAGCUCUGGGGCCUAUUUGAUGUUGUAUAACUUGUAUGUGGGGGUGGGCAAGAUGAGAGAAGCAGGGAAAAUUUGGUCAUUGAUGAAGGAAAGAGGGGUGAAGAAGCAACCUGGUUGUAGUUGGAUUGAGGUCAAGAAUAGUGUCCACAUUUUUCUCUCUGGAGAUGGAUCACACCCACAGAGCAAUGACUUGAGUGCCUUGUUAGUGUUAUUGAAUAUGGAUAUGAGAUGGAGUUGCAUGUAAUGAUGACUAUUUGAAAUGGUUUUUAGACUAUGCAUUGAAUGAUGGACUACUUCAAUUGGAAUUUUUUUUCUUUGACCUGUGACAGUAACUUUUGCCUUACAAGAAUUAUUAGAUCCUGACUAACGACCAUCUACAACAACAUUGUAUUGCCAUCUCUAAUUAUUUCUUCAUAUAUCAGUGAUUGGAAGAGACAGUGAAGCUUCUUAUUUUUCACUGGUACUAUUCAUGAGCGAUUGGAUAGAAUUCAGGUCUUGAAUACCGUGUACAUAUUUGAAGAUGAGUCACAGCCUCAGAUUAAGAAUUUAGAUGCCUUCUCAUAUAGGUUUGAGAUGGAGUUGCAGGUAUUGAUGAUUAGAAAAAUGGGGCUUAGAAAUCAUACAUUGCAACACUUGCCCGACUUGAAUGUUUCUUGAAAUUGCGUCACAGAUGAUAUAAUUGACAAAUACCUUAUUUGAACUUCUACAACUUGGUAGUGAUCUAUAAGAUCUUGACCGCAUCCAUUUUUUAGUUCAUGGUGUUAUAUCCUUACCUGUCCCCAAGCAGAGUUGAUGAUCUAAAAUCUCCUCUGCUAUAAGUUUUCAUGGUGAAUUUGAUAUGUUUAUAUAAUUUGGUUGUCAGUGCAUAGGUCAUAUUGUACCAGCUGGUGAACUUGCCCAUUCUAAUAGAGAGGUAUUCUUUGUUAGAUUUGCAUGGUAGCUGGUUUGUUGUGUUAGACAGAGAAAAUAUACGUGCUGAAGGAUCACAUUACAAUGGUCAUCACUUGUGGUAUCAAGCUUGACGAUCUGGUUCAUCAACAGAGUAGAAGUCGAUCUUGAGCCUAUUGGAUGAAAUAACCAGGUGGCAUGUUUAAGCAUUACUUCUUCAACUAUUGAUACUUGAGGAACCUUGAGCCUGCAGGUUCAAGUGGACCAUUAUUGUUGGUGAAGGUUGAGUGCUAAAGGCAUUUUUUGGCCACUAGGGGUUUCAUUGAUUCAAACAAUAGCUCCUCUUUGGAUUAAGUGGUUUUCUCCCCUCCACCUCCCGGGGUCAUUGAUUGCAAGGAGAGUGAUUCAUUGAAAUGUCAUCUGAUGGGUGAGCCAAGUUUUUGCACAUUGGAGGUCAGAGCGCAUGUUUCACCAAUGGUUCCUUCUUGUUAUCUCAACCUUUAUUCAGAUUUAACAGCCUUCUCUUUGCUUUGUUGUUCAUCUGAUGAUAUGCCCGUAUCAAUUGCGUCAUCUGCAACUCACAAUAAUGUAUCUUUGAAACUAAAGGAAAUG